CCCAAACCAUUCAUAUUCACUCACUGAGUAUCUGUGUUUGGAGCAGGUUUGUGAAUUUUGGUGGUAAUGGAUGACAUGUUCGAUUCUUCGCUGAAUUUGGAGGAAACCCAUUUGAAAGAAGGCUACGACGAAGGCUACAGCGACGGCCUCAUCGCCGGCAAAGAAGAAGCCAAGCAGGUCGGACUCAAGGUCGGUUUCGAGGUCGGCGAGGAGCUCGGUUUCUACAUGGGCUGCGUCCAAAUCUGGAACUCCGCCAUCCGGAUCGACCCGACCCGAUUCUCUUCAAGGGCCAAAACGGGUAUCGCCCAGAUGGAAGAUUUGAUUCACAAAUACCCUCUUAUGGAUCCAGAGAAUCUGCAAGUUCAAGAGAUCAUGGAUGCCCUCAGGCUCAAGUUCAAGAUGGUUUCUUCUUCGCUGCACGUUAAACUUGACUAUAUUGGCUAUCCAAAAUCUUCUGCUGAGCCAAAUGAUAUUCAGUUUUGAUUUUUUGAACUGAAAAACAAAACUUUUUUUUUUUUCUUUUUUGGCGAAAAUUAGGGUUCAGUUUUGGAAACGAUAAAGUUCCACGAAUUAGUUGGUUACUGGGUAGGUUCAGUUAGUUUUUGGAAUUAAGAAAAAAAAAAAACAUGACAUGGUUAUGUUGACAAUUAUAACUAGGUGAAUCAACCGUUAUAUGAUUUUGUAACUAUUUAUUAGUUUUUUCUCACUACUCUUUUUAUUACUAUUUAUCUACGUUUGUAUGUUUAUGAUCAUUCUACAUGAUCAUGUCAUGUCUUUUUUAACAUGGAUUCAAUCCCCUUAUCGAGAAAAAUUCUUGUGUAGAUUGAUACUAAGUUGGGUAGAGUAAGUGAAUAAAUAGAUUACAAGUUAUCCUUCUACAGACAAUUGCAUAAUGAAGAUAUAUAAAUUGUUUAUUAGCUUAAUCUAUGGACAAGUUGUGUAGAGAAUGUUUGUACAAUAAUGUCUCCUUUUAUUCUUUUACUUCUGUGCAUUUUUUUAUUUUAUUUUUUUUCAUUUUUUUUUGGGGAUUAUUGCAUUGUUAUUGAACCAAACGAUGAUAGCUCAGUUGGUGUCAGGAAAUUGAACAGUUUGGGGUGAGAGCAUGUGUUCGAUUCUUCCCAAUAUCGUUUUUGAAAGGGGUUUAAAACCUUAAUCUCGGAACCCGUCCCGAAUCGGACUAGUCACGAAGCGAUAAAUUGAUUGGAAUAUCUAAAAAAAAAAAAUUGUAUUGCUAUUGACAUUUGCAUAGCUAAAUAUGCUACCUCUGAGUAAAGGCGGUAACUUGUUACAAAAUUUGAAAAUUACAUGUGAAGGUUUAGUAUAUGUCUAUUUAAAGAUUGGAACUCUAUUGAUGAUUUGAGAUGGGGUUGGUUUGUGGUCCAAAAAUCACUUUGGCUACUGCUUUUUAUGGUCUGUGGUUCUGUUGUCUCAGUCCACAUUCUUGGGCAGUCUCUGAGAAGGGUGGUAAUUGAAAUGAAAAUGUUGAAGUC